GCAUCAGCUUUCCAAUUGUUGUCCCUACCUGUACCACUCCUUUAAAACCCUCCUUCCGCACAUCAAAUCUCCAAAUUUUCGUUAACUACAUUUAUCUUAAAACGGAAAAAAUAUAGAAAAAAAAAAAAAGAUGGGCAAAAAAAUGAAGCUCCCCUCUCUUCUCAAGAACACUUCUGCUUCUUCUUCUUCUUCUUCUUGGGCUUGGCCUUCAUGUCACCAACCAAAAACCCACUCUUUCAGAGCCACCAAAGAAAUCUUCAAGACCUACUUCGACGCCACCGUCACCGCCAUGGACACGCUACUUCUCAACACCUCCGAAGACUCCUUUUUCACCGUGUCUCCGGACUCCACCAGCUUCUCAACCACUUCCGACGACGACUACACACCGUCAACAAAAGACGACUCAUCUCUCGAGACCUUCAAGGACAGCGUGGCGUUGUCCAUGGAGUCACGAGAUCCUUACGUGGAUUUCAGAAAGUCCAUGGAAGAAAUGGUGGAGGCUCAUGGAGUGAAAGAUUGGGAAGGUCUUGAGGCGCUUCUUGGUUGGUACUUGAAGGUUAAUGGGAAGAGCAAUCAUGGAUAUAUAGUUGGUGCUUUCGUUGAUUUAUUAGUCUCUCUUACACUUGCUUCAUCUUCUUCUUCUUCUUCUACUACUACUACUACUACUUCAACAUCCUCAUCUUCUGAUUCUCCUUCUUCUUCUUCUUCCUAUUCUCCUUCUUCUCCUUUGUCCUUUUAUAGUUCUUCACUCUCUUCCUCUUGUGUUUCUUGCUUGGAGGCUGAACAAGAACCACAAGAGGUUGAUGAUGGUGUUGAUAAUGAUACUCCUCCUGCUUCUUCGUCUUCGUUGUUGGAGCAUGAUAAGGAGGAGAUCAAAUAUGAAGAUGUUGCUUCUUCUUCAUCAUCAUCUUCCUCAAAAGUCUAAGUUUUUGUUUAUCGUAAAACUAUUCAUCAUCAAUGGUUAAACUUAUUAGACAGAUAUAUCUAUCGAAAAGAAUUGUAUUAUUGUUGUGUACUUUUUAGGCUCCAAAAAUUCUAUUAUUAUGUAUCUCUUUUUUGGAAUAUAUCCGAAUUUUAUUAUUCGGAUGGACUGAUCUGACUCAUAGUAGAUUGUAUCUGCUACUCCUAACACGAUAUGUGGCUUCUAGAAUUGUAAUUUAUUAGUAUAAGUAACAAUUUCUUUUUCAUGAUUUUCAUGGCGA